AUGGGUCUCUCUAAUCCGAUUUGGGCAAUCUUGUCCUUCAGUCUCGGUAUUCUUCUCGUGCAACAUAAACCAGAGUACUCCGUGCGAGAAUCCUAUUUCCUAACGGCCCUAUCGAUCUUCUUCACAACACUCGUCGGGAGAAUUGUCUAUACUACAAUCCUAUAUCCGGAAUUCUUUACGCCGCUAAGACAUAUCCAGACUCCGAAGGGAAGAUCAUGGCUCAAAGGCAAUACGCAAUCAUUAUUCAUCGAGUCUCCCGGAUCGCGCUGUCUCCGAUGGAUGGAGGAGAUGCCUGAUGCGGAACUUAUCCGCUACUAUCUAGUAGGAAAUAUGGAAAGAGUGCUUGUAGUGAGCCCUAAAGCUCUAAGCGAGGUUCUUACUCUGAAGUCAUACGACUUUCGUAAGCCUGAUCUGGCACGGAUCUCUCUGGAGCGUAUCACUGGUAAUGGCGUUCUGCUCGCUGAAGGGGACGAGCAUAAGAGACAACGAAAGAAUCUCAUGCCUGCUUUCUCUUAUCGUCAUGUUAAGAAUCUCUACCCAGUCUUCUGGGCCAAAGCAGUCGAGAUGGUCCAGAUGAUUGGCGAUGAGCUUCGCAGCAAACCAAACUCUCAAGAAGAAGAAGAUGAUGAUGAUAAAACAAUCAUAGUCGGCGACUGGGCCAGUAGAGCCACUCUCGACGCCAUCAGCAUCGCCAGCAUGGGCCGCGACUUCGACACGCUCCGCGAUCCAGAUAACGAACUCAACAACCACUACCCGCCGCUUACUGAUGGAGCCAAGAUCCCCAUAAAGCGAAACCGUGACGUUCGCGCAGCAUCAAGCUACAUCCGAACCGUUGCCCGACAACUAGUUCGCGAGAAGAAAGAACGGCUUGAAAAGAAGACACAAGAUGCCAAUGGCAAUGCCAAUACCAACGACGCAGUGACAGCCGCCAGCGACGAAAUCGACAUCAUGUCCGUCGCCCUAACCAGCGGCGGCUUUUCAGAAGAGAAUCUAGUAGAUCAAAUGAUGACUUUCCUCGCAGCAGGGCACGAAACCACCGCUUCUGCCUUCCAAUGGGUCAUCUACGCCCUGUGCAAACAUCCAGGAAUCCAAUCUCGUCUUCGUGACGAAAUCCGCGCAAAUCUCCCAUCCCCAUCACAUACAUCCAAUACCAUCUCCGCCUCAAUCAUCGAUUCCCUUCCCUACCUCAACGCCGUCUGCAAUGAGACUCUCCGCUUCUACCCCUCUGUACCUCUCACCAUCCGAGAAGCAGCCCGCGACACCACCGUUGUCGGCCACCAUAUCCCGAAAGGAUCCCUCCUUGUUUUAGCCCCCGAAGCCACGAACCGGAGUAAGGAACUCUGGGGCCCCGACGCGGAUGUAUUUGAUCCGGAACGAUGGAUGGGUCCAGGACGAGCGAAUACCGGUGGUGCGGAUACGAAUUAUGCGUUUUUGAGUUUCCUGCAUGGUCCGAGAGGGUGUAUUGGUCAGGGGUUUGCGAAGGGGGAGUUGGCGUGCAUGGUGGCUGUUACGGUGGGGAGGUUUCAGAUGGAAUUGAAGAAUCCAGAUGCGGAGUUGAAGAUGAGGAGAGGUGUUACUGUGUCGCCUAUUGAUGGUGUAGAGGCGAGGUUUAGGGUUGUUGAGGGUUGGUAGUAGGUUUCGUUCUUUAAAUGCCGGAGAUUUCUUUUUUUU